CCUUUUCUGUACCGCUGCACCCCCCUGUGGGUCCUUCAGAUAAGUGCUUGUCUCUCGCGGGUUGUUUGGGGGGCCCGGGGCCCUCACGGCGUCCCCUUUAACCUGUUACGUUCUGAUUACUCAGCGAGAUCACGGAGCAAAGUUCACAUUCCAGCAGCGAGCGAGGCGUGAAGUCCGUGCUCCCGCAGGCAGGCGUCAUGGAGGAGAAGCGCAUCCUGUGCAUCGGCCUCGUCUGUCUGGAUAUCAUCAGCGUGGUGGAUAAAUACCCGCAGGAGGACUCCGAUACCAGGUGUCUGUCUCAGCGCUGGCAGCGAGGGGGAAAUGCCUCCAAUUCCUGCACGGUUCUGGCUUUACUGGGGGCCCCGUCUGCAUUUAUGGGAUCUCUGGCCCCGGGACACAUAGCAGAUUUCACGCUGGGUGACUUGCGCAGUUAUGGAAUAGAUGUGAGUCACGUGAUCCCCCGGACAGGAUGUUCCUUCCCGGCCUCCAUAGUCAUCAGCAACGUGACCAACGGAAGCCGCACCAUUCUGCACAUGAACAGGAACCUUCCUGAUGUGACAGCCGAGGACUUUCAGAAAGUGGACCUGGCCCAAUAUAAAUGGAUCCACUGGGAGGGCAGGAACGCCGAGGAGCAGGUGAAGAUGAUCUUAAGAGUGGAGGAACAUAACAGGAGCUCCCCGAAGGAGCAGCAGAUCACCAUCUCCGUGGAGAUUGAGAAGGAGAGAGAGGACCUCUACCAGCUCUUCCCGCUCGGUGAUCUGGUCUUUGUCAGUAAAGACGUGGCCAGGAGUUUGGGUUUCUCCUCGGCAGCCGAGGCUGUGGUCGGACUCUAUCCUCGCGUGAAGAAAGGGGCCCAUAUAGUGUGUGCCUGGGCGGAGGAAGGCGCCGACGCGCUGGGGCCCGAUGAGACGGUCGUUCAUUCCGACUCCUUUCCACCAGAAACCGUCGUGGACACCCUGGGAGCCGGAGAUACCUUCAACGCCUCAGUGAUAUUCUCACUGUCCAGAGGUCAGACCAUGCAGGAAGCGCUCACAUUUGGCUGUCGCGUGGCUGGGAAAAAGUGUGGAAUUCAAGGAUAUGAUGGGAUCAUCUAAGGACUUAUCUCUGCAUCCGGGGCCAACGGUGACAGCCAAGAGACCUCAGAUCCCUGCCGAGAUCACCCCAGGGGGCCACCGGUGGCAUCGUUUCACUCUUAUUCCCAUAACUUUAGUAGGAGACACAGAGCAACGAAUCGCCAGCAGAGAGAUCCCCAGAUCUUACACGCUUUACACGACACAUAUUAGGACCAAACGUGUGAUACAAGCUUAAUCCGCGCAAGCUCACUGCGUGAAUAAACCUCGGCCAACCA